AUGAACUCAGAACCUAGGAAGAAGCGUGGUCAUGUUUCCACCUCUGGGGACAGAAUAUCUAAGAGGACACCGAAGAGAAGGGAAACCUUUUCAGUCUAUAUUUACAAAGUACUGAAGCAGGUGCACCCAGACCUCACCAUCUCCUCCAAGGCUAUGAGCAUCAUGAACUCCUUUAUCAACGACAUGUUCGAGCGCUUGGCCUCGGAGGCCUCGCGCCUGGCCCAGUACAGCCAUCGCUCCACCAUCACCAGCCGCGAGGUGCAGACAGCUGCCCGGCUCCUGCUGCCCGGCGAGCUGGCCAAGCAUGCCGUCUCCGAGGGCACCAAGGCCGUCACCAAAUACACCAGCAGCAAGUGA